CAGGACUUUAGUGCAAUGCUGGGUUAAUGCAUGAGCAGUAUAAACUCAAAGUUCAAAUCUCUUUUGCUCCGUGUUAUCACGUACCACCCAACCUCCGGUGGGACUGAACAGAUGAAGUGUUUUUGUCUGGUGGAAAACUGCAGCGGGAUUUAAAGACAUCAUCAUGAAUCUAUCUUUGGCAAGAGCUAGACAAGGAUUGCAUGCUGUAAAGCAUCUGUCCAUAUUUCCUGCAUCAUCUAGUUUCCAACAGUCUCGGCCGUUUUGUGUUCAAAGCAAUGGAAGUGAUGACGAGUACACGCACAUCAUUGUUGGAGCGGGGUCUGCGGGAUGUGUACUCGCCAAUCGUCUCUCUGCCCACCCUAGCAACAAGGUCCUACUUCUGGAAGCUGGACGCAAAGACUACACCUGGAAGAUCCACAUGCCUGCUGCCCUGAUGUACCCCCUGGGCAGCAAGACCUACAACUGGUAUUACCACACAGUUCCUCAGGGGCAUAUGGACAACAGGGAGAUGUACUGGCCAAGAGGUAAAGUUCUUGGUGGCUCUUCCUCCAUCAAUGCAAUGUGCUAUGUCAGGGGACAUGCAUACGAUUACGAUAGAUGGGACACAGAGGGUGCCACAGGGUGGUCUUACGCAGAUUGCCUGCCGUACUUCAAGCGUGCCCAGUGCCACGAGCUUGGUGAAGAUGACUUCCGCGGAGGCGAUGGCCCACUACAUGUCUCUAGGGGUAAAUCAAAUAAUCCUCUAUUUGAGGCAUUCAUCAAAGCUGGAGAAGAAUGUGGAUAUCCAGUCACCUCUGAUAUGAACGGAAAUCAGCAAGAGGGAUUUGGAUACAUGGAUAUGACAAUCCACAAUGGUAUACGGUGGAACACAGCCAAUGCAUACCUUCGAUCAGGUGAAGUCCGAAAGAGGGAUAACCUAACUAUCCUUUCCAGAUCAUUUGCUGAUAGGAUUGUGUUUGAAGGAACAAAAGCAGUUGGCAUAGAGUACACACGGAAUAAAGCGAAGAAGGUUGCAAGAGCGACAAAGGAUGUGAUUUUAUCGGGAGGUGCAAUUAACUCGCCGCAAUUGCUGAUGCUCUCUGGUGUAGGGAAUGCGGAUGACUUGAAACAGCUGGGCAUCCCGGUGGUUGCCCACCUUCCGGGGGUAGGACAAAAUCUUCAGGAUCAUCUCGAGGUCUAUGUCCAACAUCGAUGCAAGAAACCCAUCACAUUGUACAAAGCCCAGUGGAAAUUUCCUCACAAUAUGGUAGCCAUCGGUCUGGAGUGGUUUAUUUUCCAGACUGGACUAGCAGCCUCUAGCCACCUGGAAGCGGGAGCUUUCAUCAGGAGUCGUCCCGGAUUAGAUCAUCCCGAUAUCCAGUACCACUUUCUUCCAUCAGUCGUCAAUAACCAUGGACAGGACCCUGGCCACUGCCAUGCCUUUCAGGUUCAUGUCGGUACCUUGAGGGAAACCAGCCGGGGGUACAUGAAGCUCAGAUCAAAGGAUCCCAGGGAACAUCCAAUUCUUGAUCCCAAUUAUCUUGCCACCGAGGAUGACCGUUGGGGUUUGAGAGAAGGUAUCAAGCUCACCCGCGAGAUCUUUGCUCAGAGUGCCUUUGAUCCAUUCCGUGCAGAGGAACUUCAGCCAGGCCCUUCUGUCAACACAGAUGCAGAGAUAGAUGCUUUCGUCCGGGCCAAAGGAGAUACUGCCUACCACCCGUCCUGCACCUGCAAGAUGGGUUCUGAAGAGGAUCAUAUGGCCGUUGUCGACAGCACCACCCGGGUCUUUGGCCUGGAGAAUCUCAGAGUUGUGGAUGCGUCCAUCAUGCCCAGUAUCGUCAGUGGCAAUCUCAAUGCUCCAACAAUUAUGAUUGCAGAAAAGGCAGCUGAUAUCCUCCUGGACAACAAGCCUCUUGAGAGAGCCAACGUGCCUGUCUGGAGGCCUGCUUCAUUAGAAACCCAAAGGGGUUUGGGAGAUAUGAAGCAGGCAGCUACUGGUUAACCCUUUGCUAACGGGAACCUGGUGGUCCCUGUGUUAACCUAUGGGACCUAUACAAUUCAGUAGUCAACGGGUCAAAAGACGUGAAUGGAUGUGUUAAUACUUGUACAUUCUGCAGGUGUUCAAAGCAUUAUAUACCUGAUCAUUUUGAGAUUCUGUUUAAUGGUAUACUGUCGGUGGGGUGACAAAACCUUGUAUCUCAAAAAUCAUUAAUUUUCAGGAGAGCGAAAAAACUUUCCUGUCUCACCAAAUUUAGUGCUGUGA